GAUAGUCUCCAAGCAGAGGUUCGGCUCACAAUGGAAAAAAACCGUCUCAUUAGCAUAACAGUGCUGAGAUAUGAGAGAAUUUUUCCCGCGGAGUUAUGUGUUGUUUUUUCAGGGCCCCCACAACAGCUACAGGAUGCCGAGUUGUCCUACAGUAGUCUAGGCUACUAAGUCAUGUUGGUGUGAAAGUAGAGGUAUUCCUGUGCUGCUAGGAGUGGUGCAAGACCAGUAUCUUCCGCACUAGAUCUCCAGUGCCGAAGUUACAAUAGCACUGGGUGUCCAUUUUCUAUCUUAGUUCCAGCCGCCAUUACGACGUCCAAGAGGACUUUGAGUUCGAGGACGACAGGUCACCACGCCCCCCAGCCCCUACCUGCCACUGCUACGUUUGCUGGCCUUCCAGCCGGCCACAAACAUUGAGCAUAUUCACUGCCAUAUGCCGCUGGAACAUGUCGUCAACCCUGUUGAAUGGUUCUACUUCGCACUGCGGAUAGGUGUCGCUACAACAUCUUGAGUGGUCCCUUGAAACUGUGACAUUUGACCGUUUUCAAACGAUCUUCAUGAUGCAAGGCUGUACUAUCUUCCGGCGCCCUGUGUGCGAUGUGCUUAUCCUGUACAUCGGGAUGUUCUGCGUCGUUCUGCCCAUUCUCUGCCACAGACUACACUAUUCCAUCUACUACAGCCAAACCCUUCACAUGGGAAAGACUGAUUCCUUCGCUUACGCAAUGAAGGUAAACGAUGAUCGCAAGAACCUGGCGCAAAUAUCACUCCUCUCGCGAUCAUCUGCGACGUCUCACCUGAUGCCAAAUGCAGACUCCAAAGUAAAGCUAGCUAUUGGGUUUGUUUCGGUCAGCAGACAAGUCAAAAUGCGGGACGGAAGUCUCUACAAUCCAGGAUAUCUUCUGCAGUCUGUCGAAGCGAUCCUUCGAGAAAAUCCAUCCAACGAAACUCGACUUGUCGUUUGUAACGUAGACUCUGACCCGUCCUCCAAUGUUGAUGCUGCCUUUCUGUCGUCAUUCGUUCCCGUUCACUCCAGAUAUCUGGAACGAAAUGUAGUUUCACCGUUAGGGUUGAAGGAAAGGUUCAAGAAAGAGAGAGAAGACUACAUUUACUGUUUGGAAGAAGCCCUAUCUUUCGACCCGGAGUUUGUACUUAUCUUAGAAGACGAUGCUCUCGCGAUUCCUGGUGUAUUAGAUGUCAUUUACCACGUUAUUCAGACAAAAAUUGACAAGAAGUACAGAGGUUUUGAGCUGACAGAAAACAACUACACCAAAACAUUCUUCAAGCUUUUUACUCCAACAUAUAUGCAAAAUGACUUUCAUACUACUAAACCAAAACGUAUCUUUGUUCAUAUCUAUGAACUCAUUGGAAUAGGCAUCAUAGGAGGAACAAUUAUAACUUUUGUCCAUACGCUAUUUUUCAACAAAGGACUAAAAAGAUCCUACGCCACUAUCUAUGGACUCUUUGUGGCUGGUGUCGUCUGUAGUAUACUUGCAGCCUUAGCAGUUUCUAGAGUGCAUCUUAUGGAGUGGAGGAGAAUUUCUAAACACUUCUAUGUGAUGUUUCAGGCUGACAACUGUUGCACGCCUGCAAUUAUGUACCGGAAAGACACUGCAGUAGACUUCUUGAGAUAUCUGCAGACAAGGAGGCAUGACGAUUCGCCUAUAGACGGAGACAUGAAUGGUCUUGUAGUAUCCCACGGUUACAGAAGAUUUGCCGUAGAGCCAAACCUGUUUUCACAUAUCGGGAUGUUCUCGUCUAUACAAAAGAAGAUUAACAGAGGCUUUCUCCAUGGCUUUGUGUAAGAUAGAAUAGAUUCAUAAAAGGAAUCUUGAAUCUGUGGUUUCCUGUGUCAGAUAUGUAUAAUGAAGCCUCUAGUGUAUGUUCUGUAUGUCUCAUUUUUAUAUUUCAGCUAUAAUACAGGAAUGCUUGAAAUA